AUGAGCUACGGAUCGGUCAAGACAGCGCCGGACACUGCCGCCGAGCCGGCUACCAGCCCAGCUGCCCAGGCCGAUGGCACCAGCCACGAAUCGCCUACUCGCUCGCCCGACGCAGCAGCCUCUCCCGCCGACGACCAGCCCGCCACCUUCUGGGUCCGCACCAAGCACUUCUACCACAACAACAUUGGUCUCUUCUUCGUCUUUCUCGCUCAAAUAUUUGCCUCAAUCAUGGCAAUGACCACCCGCCUCCUCGAGACCGGCUUCGAGACCAAGUUCCACGCGCUGCAGGUCAUCUUCGUCCGCAUGGCCAUGACCGCCACCAUCGGCUCCGCGUACAUGUGGUUACGGCGCGUGCCGGACUUCCCGCUCGGCCCGCCGGGCGUCCGGGGCCUUUUGGUGCUGCGCGGCGCGGCGGGCACCAUCGGCCUCUUCGGGCUGUACUACUCGCUGUCCUUCUUGGACAUUGCCGACUCGACCGUCAUCACCUUCCUCGUCCCGACGCUGACCAGCUUCGUCUGCUGGGUUGCCUUACGAGAACCAUUCACCGUCGUCGAAGGCGUCGCCGGGCUUAUCGCCCUCACCGGAGUGCUCUUCAUCGCCCGUCCCAGCUUCCUCUUCCCGCACCACCCCGACCCCCCCUCCUCCAACUCUACCCUCCACGCGCUCGACGGCAUCUUCAAGCCCGUGCCCGCCACGCCCGCCGAGCGCUCCUUCGCCGUCGCCCUCGCCGUCGGGGGCACCUUCGCCGCCGCCACCGCCUACGCCACCAUCCGCGUCAUCGGCACGCGCGUGCACUCGCUCGUCAGCGUCAACUACUUCGCCGUCACCGCCACCGUCCUCUCCGCCGCUGUGCUGCUCCUCCACCCGACCGUCGGCUUCCAGGCGCCGCAGACGCUGCCACAGUGGCUGCUCCUCCUCUCCAUCGGCCUCUCCGGCUUCCUGCUGCAGGUCCUGCUCACCGAGGGCCUGCAGCGCGAGCGCGCCGGCCGUGCCACCAACAUGAUCUACACCCAGCUCGUGUCCGCCCUGGUCAUCGAGCGUGUCGUCUGGGGCACCACGCCCCCGCCGGAGAGCUUCGUCGGCAGCGCGCUGAUUAUCGGCGCCGCCGUCUGGGUCGGUCUGCAGAAGAAGACGCCAGGUGCGGAGAAGCCGGCCCGCGUCCCGGACGAAGAGACGAGUCUCCUGCGAGCCGAGGAGGAUUAA